ACAAGAAAUCCCUGAUAUAAACUGCUGUCAAACAGAAAAAUAUAAACAUAAUAGGGCAUGUUACUCGGUUUGGAUUAACCAAAUAAUAUAGACGACCAAAGUACAGCUCGUGGAAAACUGGUCCAUAAAAGAAAUUAUGGUGAUUUUUAACAAAGGGACAAUAUGUCAUACUACUAAUUAAUGGUAAGUAACAAUGGUGUAUGUACUCUCUAUAUAUUUAUAGUUAUCUGACUACUACGCCUCAUCACGUUCUCAUCUAAAUUAUCAUAAUUAUUUAAAACCUAAAUUCAGUUUUAAGUUUAACAUAGUUCCUAAUCUCAGUUUAGCGAGAAAUGUCGAUACCAGAGGAAGAAGUUGGACUUCUUGAAGAUUUAGUUAACGACUCCGUCGACCACCGUGGUAACCCCGCCGUGAGAUCUUCCACCGGAGUAUGGAGAUCCGCCAGUCUUAUAAUAGGUGUGGAAGUUGCAGAGAGAUUUGCUUACGUUGGGAUUGCAUGCAACAUGAUCACUUACCUAACCGAACAGCUCGGGCAAUCGACAGCAAACGCCGCCGUAAACGUGAACACGUGGAUCGGAACCGCCUCCACGCUUCCUAUUAUUGGAGCUUUCUUAGCAGAUGCUUAUCUUGGUCGCUACCGGACAAUUCUUGGAUCUUCCCUCAUCUACAUACUGGGGCUUGGACUACUGACCUUGUCGGCUUCCCUAACUCUUAUGGGAUCGUCUGAGAAUCGUAAACCUUCUUUCUUGAUGAACGUACUUUUCUUCUGCUCUCUUUAUCUUGUGGCCAUAGCACAAGGAGGUCACAAGCCAUGUGUUCAAGCGUUUGGUGCGGAUCAGUUUGACUCGGACCAUCCUAAAGAGAGAUUAGCCAGAGGAUCGUUUUUCAAUUGGUGGUUCUUGUUUUUAUCCGGCGGAAUAGCCAUAUCAAUUCUUGUGAUGGUGUAUAUUCAAAGCAACGUUAACUGGGCGUUUGGUUUUGGGAUUCCAUGUCUAUUCAUGGUUAUGGCUCUUGCUAUCUUCUUUCUUGGGAGAAAAACUUAUAGAUAUCCAAAGAGAAACCACGAGAAGAACAACAACGGUUUUGUAAGGAUCGGUAGAGUUUUCUUUGGGGCCAUCAAGAAUCGAAAACUGAUGAAUUUAAAUAAAGGGAUGCUCUUAGGAGAAGAAGGUGUAGAGCCAUGUAGUGAUAUGGACGUGGAGGACGCGAAGGGUUUGGUAAGGCUUAUUCCAAUAUGGAUCACAUCGAUGGUGAGCAUGAUUCCUUACGCUCAAUACUCUACUCUCUUCACCAAGCAAGGUGUUACCGUGGACAGAAGAAUCUUGCCGGGCUUGGAGAUCCCUCCGGCUACUUUAUUAUCAUUCGUGUCUAUAUCAGUUCUCAUCUCAGUUCCGAUCUACGAGCAUGUGUUCCUGCCUAUAGCCAGAAAGAUUACCAAGAAGCCUAAUGGGAUCACAAUGCUCCAAAGAAUAGGAACCGGAAUGGUGCUAACGUGCGUCAACAUGGUGCUCGCAGCACUGGUGGAAGCCAAGCGGUUGCGAAUCGCUGAGGAACACGGGCUCAUUGACAAACCGAACGUUACCAUUCCAAUGUCCAUAUGGUGGUUCGUCCCUCAGUAUAUGUUGGUCGGUAUGAUCGAAGUGUUUGGCCUGGUAGGUGCACAAGAGUUCUUCUACGACCAGGUCCCCACUGAGCUGAGAAGUAUUGGUCUCGCUUUCUCUUUGAGUGCGUUGGGUCUUUCGAACUUCUUUAGUGGUCUCCUCAUCAUUGUUGUUGAUUGGGCUACAGAAAGAGAUGGUGGACACAGCUGGUUUAACAAUAACUUAAACCGAGCUCAUAUUGAUUAUUUUUACUGGUUGCUAGCUGCAUCCACGGCCAUCGCUUUCUUUGUGUUCGUGUUCAUUUCAAGGUCGUAUGUUUAUCGUCGGGUAGACCAAGUCUAAAAAGUAUUCAAAGGACAACUUAUGUUGAUUUUAAUAUGACAUGGUUUUGUGUUCCAACUUUGUAAGUUACAGUUUUAUAAUUUAAUUUGUGAAAGAAAGCUU